UUGGAUUCAGGAAGUAAACCCGCCGUCGAAGUGGGCUGAAAUGGGGUAAAGUGUUAAGAAGUUCCACUUGUGUUUUUAUUAAAACAUUUGUCCUCAGAACCUGGAAAACGUGGCCGUUACAUGGGGUCUGGCAUCAUGCCUGUUAGGGGGUUUUCAAAGAGACGUUCCAAAGCAAAGUCCUCUCCAGGGCCUCUGGAGGCACCUCAGCAUCCCGGCAUCCAUGUGUACCUCUUCUGGAGCCCAGAUGGAGAGCGUUAUCUGUCCCAUGUGGUGUCAGAAAAGGUCACGGCGGAGGAGCUGUGCAUUAUGUCUGCGGAGGCUGUCGGUAUAGCUCCUCUUUACCAUGUGUUGUUUGCGCUGUACGAGCCACUGUCACGCUGUUGGUACAGUCCUAAUCAUAUUUUCAACCCAGAGGAGGAUUGCCGUCUGGUGCUUCACUACAGAAUGAGGUUUUACUUUCGGAAUUGGCACGGACUUAACGACAGGGAGCCGCUUGUGACUCGUUUUGCUGUGGGUGGCGGCGAUGCACCACUGCUUGAUAUCAAAUCACUGGAGUAUUUAUUCGCCCAGGCUAAAUAUGACUUUGUCAAUGAAGUGAUUGAAAUGGAAAAAGGGGAGCUGGGUCGAUUCCAUAAUGAGAGCCUAGGGAUGGCCGUGCUGCACCUAACGCACCUGGCGCUGCAGACGGGGCGCACCUUGAGGCGCGUGGCGAAAAAGACCAGUUUUGAAACCUGCAUCCCAAAGUCUUUCGCCAAGCACAUCUCUGAAGACAAAAUGCUGACAAAAAUUCGUAUCCGGCGGACGUUUGAGAGAUUCGUAGAGACCUACCAGGGCUACACGGACGGCAAGCAGCUGGAUGUCAAGAGAAUUAUGUGCAAAUACAUCUGCACCCUUGAGUACUUGGCUCCACGUUUCGGCACCGAGACCUUCUCGCCGUGUCUUCUGAGGCUCAGUCAGGACGAGGACACAAGUCAAGCUCCUGAAGCUGAGGACGCAGUAGCGUGGGAAAUAAUGGUGUCUGCCGCCGAUGGGAUUCAGUGGAGGGCGACGACGAGCGAUUCGCAGGCUGACGGCAGUUUAAGCAACGGCCACGGGGCCUCCAUGCCACCGCCCAGCCAGAGGAGUGCUGCCACCCCCACCAAGUGGGCCCGCUUCUGUGAUUUCCCUGAUAUCAUUCACAUCGCCAUCAAUGAGGCUAAUGUGUGCAUUAGCACUCAGGACAAUAAGCGUAUGGAGGUUGAGAUGAGCUCCAGCCAGGAGGCCCGCUCCUUCAUCUCACUGCUAGAUGGAUACUACCGGCUGACUGCGGACGCCCACCACUAUCUUUGUCAUGAAGUGGCGCCCCCCAGGGUGCUGCUGAGUGAAGCUAAUGGACUGCAUGGGCCGAUGUCUGAUGACUUUGUGAGACUGAAGUUGAGAAAGGAGGCAGCAGACGAAGGAGUUUUUCUUCUGCGCUGGAGCUGCCUCUUCUAUCACAGAAUUAUCCUGGCCGUGCUGGACAAAAACCAGAAUGGAUCCAAGCCAAGCCACACGCAGUUCUGCAUCCAGCAUAACGGGUCCGUCUUCACCCUGGACGGCUGGGACCAGGAAUUCUCCAGUCUGAAGGAGCUCACAGACACCCUGAAGAACUACAUACUCAACUGCGACACAGAGAGCUACACUGUUAAAAAAUGCUGUCUGCCCCGACAAGGAGAGCUGUCCAACCUUCUGGUGAAGAGGCACGGUGUGGAUCACAGUGCAGACAGCCACUCUUCUUCUCCAAACACGUUGGAGCUGUGCUUCCAGAUCAAGUACAAGGACAUCAAACAAGGAGAGCAUUUGGGUUAUGGCACUAGAACUGACAUCUACUCAGGACACCUACGAGUCGGGGGACGAGCCGAGGAGAAGGAUGAGGAUGAGUUGAGCGGUGAUCGACGGCAGACGGUCCGAGUGGUGCUGAAGGUUCUGGAACACAGCCCCGAAGAUGUCAGAUUUGCUUUCUUUGAAACGGCCAGCCUCAUGAGCCAAAUGUCUCAUCGUCACCUGGUGGGAAUCUACGGCUUGUCUGUCAACGGAUCUGAAAACAUCAUGGUGGAGGAGUUUGUAGAAUUUGGGCCCUUGGAUGUUUUCCUUCAUAAAGAAAAAGCCAAAGUGACUCCGCGGUGGAAAUUUAUUGCAGCCCGACAGCUUGCCAGUGCCCUGAAUUACCUCGCGGCUAAAGGUUGUGUUCACGGGAACGUUUGUGCCCGGAACAUCCUGGUGGCGAGACGAGGUCUGGAGCAAGGUACAUCGCCUCUUGUCAAGCUGAGCGACCCAGGAAUCGCUCUCAAUUUGCUCUCCCAAAAAGAGCGACUUGAACGAAUUCCCUGGAUCGCUCCCGAGUGCGUUCGCGGCGACUCGUCCGUCAGCCUAUGUGCUGACCAGUGGGGCUUCGGCAUGACGAUGCUGGAAAUCUACAACAACGGCGAUCUCCCCAUCAGUGAUGACGCAUUGCGUCAGGAGGAGUUUUAUAAGCAGAGGGCAUGGUUGUUACCGUCCUCCCCGGAGCUGGCCGGCUUCAUCAGCAAAUGUCUCACCCACGAGCCCUCGGACAGACCUUCCUUCAGCUCUCUGCUCAGAGACCUCAUCGACAUCAUGAACAAAAAUCCCGAUAUAUCCCCCAGUGAUACACUCCCGAAGACUCAUGCCACCGUUUUCCACAAACGCUUCCUGAAAUUCAAAGGAGAGUUAGGAAAGGGUAAUUUUGGAAAGGUGGCUCUGUACAUGUACGACCCAGCCAAUGACGGGACGGGAGAGCUGUUGGCCAUCAAGGCUUUAAAGCAAGAGAGCGGUCACCUGUCCAAAUGUUGGCUGAAGGAGAUCGACAUCCUGAAGUCACUCGAUCACAGCAACAUUGUCAAGUACAAAGGACGCACUGAAAUAGGAGGGCAAGUGGUGCAGCUAAUAAUGGAGUACCUUCCUCUGGGGAGCCUGGAAAAGUUCCUUCAAAAGGGUGAACACAGUACUUCCCAGUGCCUGCUGUUUGCUCAGCAGAUCUGCCAGGGGAUGGAGUACUUGCACUCGCAGCGAUACAUCCAUCGGGACCUCGCCGCCCGGAAUGUUUUGGUGAAAAACAACAGUUUGGUAAAGAUCGGAGACUUUGGCCUCUCCAAGCACAUCCCUGAGGACGAUACAUACUAUCGUGUGCGUGAGGAUGGGGACAGCCCUGUGUUCUGGUAUGCGCUCGAGUGCCUGAAAGAGAACAAAUUUUCCUUCUCCUCUGACAUUUGGUCCUUUGGCGUAACGCUCUAUGAGAUCCUGACCCGCUGCGAUCUGAGCCAAUGGCCCCCAGCGAUAUUUCGGAAGAUGUCCGGGCUACCUCGUGAACAAAUGACCAUGGUGGCACUCAUACACCUGUUAGAGCGACGGCAACGGCUGCCUUGUCCCAAAGAUUGCCCGUCUGAGCUGAGGAUGUUAAUGGGGCAGUGUUGGGAUGAAGAACCUUCACGACGGCCAUCCUUCAAAACCCUCAUUGAGAGCCUGGAGGUGAUCCGUGGACAGCUAAAUGUGAGCUUUUCCUCGGAUCACAUUUAGAGUAAAUAUCUACUUCUUCGAAUAUCCUCAAAAAACAUUCAAUAAGGGAAAUACUGCGACACUGUGGUUAGCAUGUCUGCCUCACAGUCUCUGAUGGAACACUUCUGUGCGGAGGUCACAUGUUCUUCCAGUAUUUACAUAUUGGGAUAGUUGGAGACUUGCUCAUAGGUGUGUAUGUCAGUGUGAAUGGUUGUUGUUUUUUUUAUAUGUGCCCUGUGAUUGACUUGUGGCCAGUUCAGGGUGUAUCCUGCUUCUCACCCCAAAGCUCACAUUUGACUAUGAUCAUAAAUACGUCUCAUUGUUCUUCUUCUUCUUUCUUAAUUUAUUUCAGACAUGCAUACUAUGUUACAUUAUUGUUUCUCACAUAUCCACUUACAAUACAAUACAAUUACUAUAUAUAUAUAUAUGUGUGUGUGUGUGUGUGUGUUAAUGCUUGGUGGGAUUUAAUAGGCUUUG